AUGCAAGUGGCAGAAAUAUUAUCGGAUAUCACCUCCCUUCGUGUCUGUGGUCACAGCGAAGCUCUUGCACUGGUCAACGUGCACAAGAAUCUUUCAGACCGAGAAUCCACCGAGCCUGGCAGUGCGUCGGCAGAUAAGAGCCAGACCCAAGACAGGGAUGAUCUUCGUCGCGCAAAGGAGUUAGUCGAGCUACACUACGAGGUGAAGGCGCGGCAUGCCAAUGGUACGGUCGAUGAAGAGUUGAGACUUGCCCGGCAGAGUGUCCGACGAGUUCUGAGCGAGUUGUCGAGUGUUCAGACACAAUAA